AUGAGUGCUGCUGAAGACUUUGGCCAUCGAGGUACUCAGGGAUGCUUGUUUGUUUCUGCAGCAGCCAAGAGUUUAAGACCUGACCGCCAAACCAUGCCAGGAGCUGGGCCAGCUUUAAUGCAGUGCGAGGAGGCACACAUGCGGCAGCAUAAAGUACAAGGACAAAGAAAUUUGCAUCCACAUUUAGAUACAUUCAGAAUGUUGUGUGGUGGGAAAAAAUCUUUCUUUGCUGCUGCUGUGUGCAUUAUUACUCUAACUUCAAUGGUCACAGUUUCUUAUCUUAGGUUACAAAGACUUUCUCACCAGCCAAAAGUAAUUCAAGAAUGUAGCAGGUGUGCAGGGAAAGUUACCAAUAGCACAAUAACAGCAUUAGAAGGGAACAAAACUUUUAUUAUAUCCCCAUACUUUGAUGACAGAGAAAGCAAAGUCACCCGUGUGAUUGGGAUUGUUCACCAUGAAGAUGUAAAAGAACUGUACUGCUGGUUCUGCUGUCAGCCCAAUGGAAAGAUUUAUGUAUCAAAAGCAAAAAUCAAUGUUCACUCAGAUAGAUUUGGAUUCCCUUACGGUGCAGCAGAUAUAGAUUGUUUGGAACCUGAAAACUGUGAUCCAACACAUGUAUCAAUUCAUCAGUCUCCACAUGGAAAUAUUGACCAGCUGCCAAGGUUUGAAAUUAAAAACCGCAAGGCUGAGACCUUUUCUGUUGACUUCACUGUAUGCAUCUCUGCCAUGUUUGGAAACUACAACAAUGUCUUGCAGUUUAUACAGAGUAUGGAAAUGUACAAGAUUCUUGGAGUACAGAAAGUGGUGAUCUAUAAGAACAACUGCAGUCAUCUAAUGGAGAAGGUCUUGAAGUUUUAUGUAGAAGAAGGAACUGUAGAGAUAAUUCCCUGGCCAAUAAACUCAUACCUCAAGGUUUCUUCUCAAUGGCACUUCAUGCAAGAUGGAACACACAUUGGCUACUAUGGACAAAUC